GCUUCAUCAACCAAACAUCGCAACUCUCUCUGUCUCUGUUUGUCCCUGGCAUGGCGUAAUCGAUUCAAAAUGGAUGUAGCCCUUGAGAUCCUCGACCCUCUCAUCUUGGACAAAGCAUACGCCUGCUUUGUCCCGCGUGCGACGCCCGCCAACGACUGGAACGCGACGCUCUCCGCCCCUGAUCCGAUUUCCGCAUCAGCCGAGUCAGCCUGGCCACGUGACAACAUUCUGCGACAAUGCAUCUCCAUCCUGGUCAUCACCCAAAUCGGCGCCACAUCGCUGUAUUGGGUCUUCAGCGCCUUGUCCUACUACUUCGUCUUUGACCGGCGCUUGGAGCACCACCCGCGCUUCCUCAAGAACCAGGUUCGGCAGGAGAUCAUCUCAUCAAUGAGCGCCGUCCCCUGGAUCAACAUCCUUACUCUCCCAUUCUUCCUGGCCGAGGUGCGUGGCCACAGCUUGCUCUACACCAACAUAGACGAGUACGGCUGGUCGUGGGUUGCGAUCUCAACCGUGUUGUUUAUGAUUUGGAACGACUUCAUGAUCUACUGGAUUCACCGGCUCGAGCACCACCCCAGCGUGUACAAGUAUAUCCAUAAGCCCCACCACAAGUGGAUUGUGCCAACGCCUUGGGCAGCCCUGGCGUUCCACCCGCUUGACGGAUAUGUCCAGUCUCUGCCAUACCAUGUCUUUGUCUUCAUCUUUCCCGUGCAGAAGUACCUUUACAUGAUGCUCUUCGGCCUGGUGCAGAUCUGGACCAUCUUCAUCCACGACGGCGAUAUGAUCACGGGCCACUGGUUCGAGAAGUACAUCAACAGCCCGGCACACCACACGCUACACCACAUGUAUUUUACCGUCAACUACGGCCAGUACUUUACCUGGGCGGACAGCUACUUCGGCUCGCAUAGAGCCCCUCAGCCGGAACUGGAUCCGAUCCACGACGCGUUGCGAGUCAUGCGCGAAAAGGGUUUGGUAGACGAGAAGGGCAACCCCAUUCCCCAAAAGCAGAAGGACGAGUAAGCUUGCGGUUGAGUGCUUCGUCUGACACGGUGGGGGCGGAAAGGCUGCCGAACUCUGGUCGAGCGGCCGCGAAUGAGGGAGAUGGACUACGACGUGUUCAGUCAUGAGCGGCAGUGGAGAUUCGAGAUACUGCAGAACUAGGAUAUUAAUAAGCUGACUUAAUGGAAGAUGGCCGACGAUAGGAGGGUCUCUUUACACCUUUAUUGUACUAUAUUUACAUCCGGGAGCUCCUUCCCCCCCUUUAUAUACCACUCAUACCAUACCCAAACCUCUCUUAUAUUCAGCAACAUGGGUAAAAAUAUGAGGCCUGGAAGAACAGAGAGCAUGAUAUACUCAUGCCUUCGAUGGGGAUUCUGUUGGUCAAAUUUAGCCACUGUUCGAGCAAAAAUAUCAUACAAUUAUAAUUUGUACUUACCUGUGAUAGCCUAAUAGCCUCCAUGAUACACAAACCAAUAGCGACGGCUGACAUUGGGAC